CCCCUCCAUGUAUACGCUGGGCGCUGCAAGAGUCAAACACUUGGUCCUGAGCCACGGUGCGGAACACAUCUCCUUGUGUACACACCCCCGCCUUCCUGUCCCCAGCAGUAGACACAUCCCGGUGCCUUAGUCCGCUGAUCUCUGGUUCUCGCUGGGAAGAUGAAGAGAACGUUGUUACUGUUGGUGCUGGUGGUGGGCGCCGCCCUGGCCGAGGAGGAGCACCAGGAGGAGCCAAGGACUGCUGAGGUCAUCAAUACUCUCAACACCGUCAAGCUGGUGAAGACCACACUCUUCGGACCUCUGGGGAGUAUCAUAGAAAUCUCCGCCGGGAUUGUUGUCCUCAUCGCCCUCGUCCUGCUUAUCGUUACCCUGAAGAAGUCCACCGGGGAUGUCUUCGGUGGUAGUAGCAGUCCGGACUACGAGUACUAUUCGUUCCCUGCUGGCGGCUACGAGACCAGCGGCGGUGACGGCGGCAGCAGCUACACCGGCUACCAGAAGAGAUCCGUCGACACUCCAUCCUUCAUGGACCUCCCCAUCGUCCAGCGACUCACAGAGCGCGUCCACAAUGCUAUCGACAACUUCAAGUACUAAGUAUGUUGGAUGGGGUUAAAGUAGGACUUGCUGGAGGCACUUCCUCAAGUCCUUCUCCCGUGUCCUAACCUCUCCUCCAAGAGACCUGGGUCUAUAAAUGUCGUACAAUUGUGCCUUGCCUAUCUGUUAAUUUUUGUUGGUUGGUCGCAAGCCGAGGUUAAGGAUCGCUGGUUCGAUUCCUCCCCUCGUAUCCAUAAUAUACAUGUGUAGCACUACCUUAUAAUGUUGAUAACCCACUAAUGUUUGUUUAGAUUACACUGUGCAGACAUUAGACAAGACACACGCACGCACUCCAAGACGAUUGGAUCGAGACAAAACACAACAACAGGUUUGACCCAGACUCGGAACAAUUACUGCUCAACGCGUCAACUUAGACUCUUGACCUUUCUCAACCCGCGGGCAUAUCCGACGGCGGAAUUCUUUGACUUCAUCAUGUAACCGCAAACUGUUUUUGCUUUCUUUUUUCGUUUUACCUCCUUGGAUCAGUCAGUCUUCAAAGCUUUAUAAUAAUCGGUACACUGACUAUCAGACUCCUGUUAGUCAGUGUCAAUAUAUACUGUGAUUCCAGUCAGGAUAUAAUAGAUGGUUUAGUUUUACUUUAAUGCCAGUAUUUCUGACCCUGUCUGUCUACUAGAGAAGAGCAAAGUGUUACAAAUGGUAGGUGACGGGGGGACUCUGUUCACCUCCCGUCGUCAGAGACUCUCCCCGGACUUGUACAAAAGACCAUAAACUCAUCAAACUCAUACCAAAUAAUCAUCCAACUCGCUGACCUCUACCAUGACGAUCGAUCUCUCUCAAGACGCCGGGAUCAACUUUCUUCCUUAGGCGUUAAUCUUUUGUUUUCUUAUACGACAAAACUUUAAUAAUCUUUAGCCAUGACGACAUAUUUUUGGUUCUUUCACUAACAACGAGACUUAUUUCCGAGUUGUUUUAGACUCAGAGAACCAUUUAGACUUUAGACGAGAAUUAGACUUUAGACGAGAAUUAGACUUUCGACAACUCACUUUUAGACAUACCGACAAAUAAGACCUUACGUAUAAGGUGACGUGUGGAGACGAUGACUGACUCUGUACCUUAAGACUUACUGUAAGACGUGUGACGAUGACGACGACUUGUACAUAGGACGAUGAUCUCUUGAUGACGACCUAAAACUUAUUAUGAAUUUCCCGGCAGACGAUUUACCGCCCUAAGUCUUUUUUUACCCACCACAGACGAGAAUAAUCACCCAGACUUAUUAAACUUUUAUUGACGAUUUUCACCACCUAGGAAAGACCGAAGACUUUGUGAGACUUCAGACUUUUUAGACAUUACAGUUUAGACAUUUAGACACCACAGUCACCAGACAUAUUUUAGACGCCUCACUUUUAGACUUCUUUUAUUAGACACAAUCUUUCAGACAUCUUCAGACUUUAAAGACAUCAUUAGACGUUCCACUUUUAUUAUAAGACAAGUACCGUACUGACCCCCCCCCCUCUCCCCCAAGUGACCUGACCUUCACAAAGACAUCCUACAGCUCUCUGGACGAUUCCUUCCUUCCUUCACUCCGGCUUCAGUAUGGGAAGGAAGGAUACCGUGACCUUGUACUCCCUGACCUUAC